ACCUAAACACACUUCUCUCUUUAUCUCUCCCCCUCUCUUUCAACUGUUCCUCUGUGCAGAGGUGGUCCUUCUUCCCUCUUCCUCUAUUUUGUCUUCAAGUCAAACCAAAUCUCGCAGCUCUGGCCACCAAUUUCCACCUAAUAGUUUGAUUAUUUUCCUCUCAUAGACUUCACAUAUAUAUACAUCACACUACAGCCUCAAUUCAGAUUCUCAUUCAGAUUCAUCGGAGAAGAAGUAGAAGAAUUUUCUAGAGUUGUUCGGAGAGAAUGGCGCAGAAGAGGUUCAUCAUAGAGAUGGAGAAGGCGAAGGAGGCAAAGGACGGGAGGCCGUCGAUCGGACCGGUGUACCGGAGUUCCUUCGCCAGGGAUGGAUUUCCAAAGCCGAUUGAGGGAAUGGAGAGCUGCUGGGACGUUUUCCGCCUGGCUGUUGAAAAAUAUCCUGGAAAUCGCAUGCUUGGUCACCGAGAGAUUGUGAAUGGGAAGGCUGGUAAAUAUGUGUGGCUAACUUAUAAAGAAGUAUAUGACAAAGUGAUGAAAGUUGGAAAUUCCAUCCGCAGUUGUGGUGUUAAUGAAGGAGGACGAUGUGGUAUCUAUGGUGCUAAUUCUGCUGAGUGGAUCAUGAGCAUGGAGGCGUGCAAUGCUCAUGGGCUCUAUUGCGUUCCUUUAUAUGAUACCCUAGGUGCUGGUGCCGUGGAAUUUAUCAUAUGCCAUUCAGAGCUGUCAAUUGUUUUCGUAGAAGAAAAAAAGAUUCCUGAGGUGUUGAAAACAUUUCCUAACACAACUGAAUACUUGAAAACAAUUGUGAGCUUUGGCAAGGUUACACCUGAACAAAGGGAAGAAGUUGAAAAGUUUGGUUUGGCCAUAUAUUCUUGGGAGGAAUUCUUGCAACUGGGAGAUGAUAAAAAAUUUGAUCUUCCAUUGACAAAGAAAAACGACAUUUGUACAAUAAUGUACACAAGUGGAACAACCGGUGACCCCAAAGGUGUGAUGAUUUCCAAUGAAAGCAUUGUUACUCUUAUUGCUGGGGUGAAGCGCCUGCUACAGAGUGUCAAUGAAGAGUUGAAUGAGAAGGAUGUAUUUCUUUCAUAUCUUCCUCUUGCACAUAUCUUUGAUCGGGUGAUUGAAGAGUUAUUUAUUUCUCAUGGUGCCUCAAUAGGAUUUUGGCGAGGGGAUGUCAAAUUAUUGGUUGAAGACAUUGGGGAGCUAAAACCGACUAUUUUCUGUGCUGUUCCUCGCGUAUUAGAUAGGAUAUAUUCAGGUUUGAAACAGAAGAUUUCUGCAGGUGGUUUAUUGAGAAAUACACUGUUCAACAUUGCAUACAAGUACAAACAAUACAACCUGUGGAAGGGGGUUAAAACCAUAGAGGCAGCUCCUAUUUGUGAUAAAAUAGUCUUUGGCAAGGUAAAGCAAGGUUUAGGUGGAAACGUACGACUUAUUUUAUCUGGAGCCGCACCACUCUCUACCCAUGUGGAAGCUUAUCUACGAGUGGUGUCUUGUGCUCAUGUUCUACAAGGAUAUGGUCUGACUGAAACUUGUGCGGGCACAUUUGUCUCACUGCCAAAUGAAAUUAGCAUGCUUGGUACAGUGGGCCCUCCGGUACCAAAUGUUGACGUAUGCCUAGAAUCUGUUCCUGAAAUGGGAUAUGAUGCCCUCUCAAGCACACCACGUGGAGAAAUAUGCAUACGAGGGAAAACCUUGUUCUCGGGAUACUAUAAACGUGAAGAUCUCACCAAAGAGGUCUUGGUUGAUGGAUGGUUCCACACAGGGGAUAUUGGUGAGUGGCAACCUGAUGGGAGCAUGAAAAUUAUUGACCGCAAGAAGAACAUAUUCAAGCUUUCACAAGGAGAAUACGUUGCCGUUGAGAACUUGGAAAACAUUUAUGGUCUUGUUUCUGAUAUUGACUCGAUAUGGAUUUACGGCAACAGCUUUGAGUCCUUCCUUGUUGCUGUUGCUAACCCCAAUCAGCAAGCACUUGAGCGGUGGGCUAAAGAGAACAAUAUUUCUGGGGAUUUUGAUUCCCUUUGUGAAAAUCCCAAGGCGAAAGAAUACAUACUUGGAGAGCUCUCAAAGAUUGGGAAGGAGAAAAAGUUGAAAGGUUUUGAGUUUGUCAAAGCAGUUCACCUUGACCCUGUGCCAUUUGAUAUGGAACGUGACCUGAUCACUCCAACAUAUAAGAAGAAGAGGCCCCAGUUGCUAAAAUAUUAUCAGAAUGUUAUUGACAAAAUGUACAAAAGCAUAAACAAGCCCAGUGCCUGAAGAAAGUUGGAUCUCAGUUACCAUCGUCUACAUCUUUUCACACAGAAAAUGCCGGAGGUUUGCAUUCUUUUUCGUGACUGUAUAUAUGGUUUUAUCUGAAAACCAGAUGGUAUAUUUGAAGUCACUUCGAGCCAUGUUAAGUUAACUUCAGGGGGACUUUAGGGAAGUACAGGGAUGUUCUUAUGUACAAUGGAAAAUAUUUUUAUAAGCACCCCUUCAAUGUUAUUUAUUUGGUUUCUUGUCACACUUAAUCUCGCAAUUCAUAAAUGUUCUUUUUUUAGAACUGCUUA